AUGUUGGGGAAGGCUGUGUUGUGCUUAGUGGCUAUACUUGAACAUAGUACAGCAGUACAAGGUGAGUGCACUGAUUUACACGGACGAACAGUGACUAAUGGCUUGCAUUACAUCCCCGGUCCGGAUACUUGUACACUGUGCAUUUGUGAUAAUGGCUUGCCAAGGGUAUGCAAAGCAGUUUUAUGUUCGCCACCACAGGACUGCCGUUCCUUUCGUGUUGGAAGCACUUGUUGUGAAUUCAUUUGCUUGGAUGAUGUUGUAAAGCCUUCAGAAGCCCAUGAAGCUAAUUUUAGACUUGUGGGUGGGGGUGUUGGGGGAAUAGUUUUGAUCACUAUUGCCCUUUCAGUUUAUAGAGUUCGGAAACAGAAAAGACGUCGCCCUCCACAUAUUGAUGAUAGAGGAAGUUUAACUAGUAUUGGAUACAUAAGUGGUAGUAUGGGCUGUAUGGGUGGAGCUUGUGAGCCAGUGGCAGGUGCAUGGAAACCUCCAGGUCAUUAUUUACCUCGAGGUGAAGCACCACCUCCCUAUGAAGAGGCCAUGGCACAGUGUCGCUCAGAUCAGAUACGAUUCGGUGAUCCAAUAAUGCGUUCAGCGUAUUCUAAUAACUUAGAGCCCAUUGCAAGAUCUGAAGAUUCCAUGCAGUGUGUCGGACAUGGAUAUGUAAAUCUCACACGGCCUGUUUCUCAGCUGCCCAACACUCAGAGCUGCUUCACAGCUCCCUACUUCAGCCGGUACAUGCCCCAGAAGCAAGAGACAGUAACAUCAUAUCGCAUCAUCCUUUGGCUCCGCCUAUUGGCAGAGUCACAUGUUAAUUGUUUGACUGCUCAUUGGUGUAGUGGACUGUUUCGUCUGACUGGAUCUUUGGGUACGAUAAGCAAUCGUGCGUUGAGUCUGGCGCGUGAAGACCACGACCGAGAGAGGCCACAUAACGUUCCCGGCUUUUACACCACACACACUGCGCUUCACCGUACAAUCCCGCGAAUAUCGACGGCCAGUGAGACGAGCGCAGUGGAAUGUUUCACCCGGGGGGAGCGAGCUUGUGGAGAUGUGCGACGAUCCUUCCAUCGACCCGAGCCACCCAGGGAUCGCCAUGAACGGAUUGACCGGAUUGAUAGACAGACACAUGCACACCCUAGGAGUGUGCCCAGGAAUCUUAAUAUCGCCUCCACUACUGACACCGAAAUAAAUUUAGACGACACUGUGAGUGUCAAAUCUGGAGGCCGAUCUCGUGCGCACAGUGAAGAACAAGUGGUCUCAGAACGUGGAAAAGCAAGACCAGCUCAGCCCCCGCCGCUGCACGCGCAGCCUGUUCAACCGCCGCCCCCUUCCUAUGCUACUUCAAUUUCCCAUGUAGCUCUGAGUUCCCAUGCACCGCCCACUUCACAUGCCCCGCCGACAUCCCAGGCACAGCCAAAUACCCAUGCACCGUCGAAUAUCCAUGCCCCGCCAACUAUCCAUGCCCCGCCAACUAUCUAUGCCACGCCAACUAUCCAUGCCCCGCCAAAUAUCAUUGCACCUCCAAACUCCCAUGCCUCACCAAUUUCUCAUGGCCCUAUUCAGCCGACAGAGGCGACUCCGAUAACGAGUGCUUUGGCUCCACAAAGUACUUUGCCGCUAACUGUGGAUAAGCCGUCGUGCGGAUGCAGCUACUCGGGUCGGGCAGUGCGGGGUGCGGGGGAGGAAGAAGCGGACGACUACCGCAGCGAGUGUGAGAACUGCAAGGCCACGGCCGACACUGGAUGGGAGGAGCCCCCUGAAGGCUGGGCCUGCGGCACCCAGACCCUGCAGCGUCGAGCCCCGCCUCCCGCGCCCCCGCCUCCGCACACUGCCACUCUGCCGCAGCCUGUCACUAGGCACGAACGACCCAUGGGUCAGCCGUCGAACUGGGAGAACUGGUUCAAUACCAUACCGGAUUCGGAUACCGAAUCGGACGAAGAUUAA